AUGGAAAUUAUUAAUCCGCCUGAACCCCAACUUGUUCAUGAUCCAGUGACAUCUGCUGACGAUCCAAUGGCUUUGUUGAACAUCAUUAAACUUAACGUUGCAAAGCUUGGCAUUGUUGCACCCCAAUGCGGACUAGAAGUAGCCUUUUACCAUUAUAUUUCUAGAUCUGUUUAUAAGAAAUUAACUGCAAAAUCAUCAAACACUUCACCAGAACUUAUGCCACUUAACGAGUCAUUCCCUUCAACCUCUGAGAUAACACCUGAUCAUUCAAUGGAUAAGGAAGAUGAUAAUUCGGAUGACAUUCUUUCAAGUCCGAAGCAAUAUGUAAGAGCGAAUAAACGAAAAAAAGUAUACAAAAAUCAUGGUGUAAUGACAUCAGUCGAAGCUCUUUCUACAUCAAUGGCUAAGAAAUAA